ACUGUUUCUUUUAUGAUAAACAGUAAGAUGGAAGACGAUUUUGCCUGCCAAAUGAAGAAGAUGGCCUUGGUCAUGGGGGCCUCCCUGACAGAUAAGGAUAUUGACCGACUGCCUUCAGACAUGAGGCAUCAUGGUUCAUUCAACUACACCAAGUUCUUUGAACACAUGCAGAAGUUUCUGAAAUCAGGAGAGCAGGAGGCACAGUUGCGAAAGGCUUUUCAGAUGCUCGACAAGGAUGGCAGUGGCUUCAUCGAAUGGAAUGAAAUCAAGUACAUCUUAUCCACAAUGCCCAGCAAUGUGCCAGUGGUGCCCCUGUCAGAUGAAGAGGCUGAAGCCAUUAUCCAAGCAGCUGAUACAGAUGGGGAUGGGCGGAUUGAUUUUCAAGAGUUUUCCGAUAUGAUCACAAAGGAGAAGAUUCUGAAGAAAAAGUAGAAGACAGAAGACAAGCUUCCCUUGUCAACAGUGUUGUGUGCCAGUGGGGGUUGGGGUAUGGAACUUGUCUGUGUCUCUGAUCAAGCUAUGCUUGUUGAAAGCCCCUCUCCCAAUUAUUUUUGCAGGGUGGGAGGAGGGAAGUCUGCAGCUUGCUGUCAAGGCUCACUGAGUGGCCUCUGCAGUUUACAAGGUUAGCUUAGCCCCCGUGGGGAUGCAUGAGGAUUUUGUUGUUGCACUUUUGAUUUAAAAAAAAAAAAACAACUUUGCAAUUAUUUGCAG